AUGGGUGAGCGAGCCCACCAUGAAGUCCAAGUGUGUUCGGGCACCAACCCCAGGAAGUGCCAGGACCUAGGAGACUCCAUUCUUCUACUUCUGGGCAGCUUCAUCUUGCUCAACGUGGGGAUCAACGUGGUCACUCUGCUCUGGAGGCAUCUGAAGAACUCCUUACGGAUUCUUUUCCAUCAUUUUUUCCCCAAAGACAAGAAGCCCAGCUCUGUAGGCAGCCAUCCUGUGUGUAUAUGCUGCUCCGUGGACCCCAAAAACCUAUGCUCAAGAGUCUCUUCCCGCUUCCAUCAUCGCCCCAGCUUCCUACUUGGAAACUCUAGUCACCCCGACUCCUGGAUACCAGACGUGAAUGAAGAGAAGCCUCCUAAAUGCUGCUGGAUGUCAACUCAGUGUAGACACACAGGGGCUCCCUCAGAGGCUCUGUGGGGCCUGUGGAAAGAGGAGAUGCUGGGAGCUGGGGAGACUCCUCUGGGAACACCUGUAAGACCCCAAGUCUCCUUUUUCUCCAGGCCGGAGCAUUCUUCCCAGUUCCAUGCCCCUAUGGCCAAGUUCAAGGCUCACAACCUGAAGAUGGGCAAGUUGGACAUGGCUCCACUGCCUUUGCCCCAAGAGAGCAAACGGAAACCUCCAGCUCCGACCUCCUCCCCAGGCCUGGCCCAGUCUUCAAGCCAGUCCUUGGCCCAGAAUCCUGUGCAGACCGCGGCUGACUCCACAGUCCGCACCUCCACUCAGGCCCAGUCUCUCAACCCUGAACACAUUUCAACCCAAACCCAGCACGAUGGCCGGCCCUCCAAACCUGAGCACCCAUUAACCUCUGCCCCAGACCACACCCCAGAUCCUGAGCGCAGCUCCACCCAUUCCUACAACCCUGAGCACACUCCAACCCAUACCCACGCUCAGACCCAUAGCCCCAAGCACACCCCAGCCCAGACCCAAACCCAUAGCCCCCUCCAGGCAAAGACCCAUUCCCCGGCCCAUGCUUCUGAGCGCAUGUCAACUCAAGUCCGUGCCUUUGAGCACACCUCAACCAAUGGCCCGACCUCUACCCUGGCCCAUGCUGCUCUAACCCACACCUCUCCGCAGGACCCUGGCCCAACCUCUGUCCCAGGUCCUUCUCAAACUUUUGCCUUAGUCCCUAACCUAGCCCCUGUCCAAACACCUGCCACCUCCGAGGUUACUGCUGCUCUGCCUGCCAGUAACCCAGCUCCUGUCCCUGUCCUCACCUCUGUUCCAACUGGCCCCUCCACUGGACAUGUGGUCUAUGAUGCCUGCAGGGGAAAAGAGCAGUCUCAUGCGUCCAGUCCCAAGAACUGUGAGUAUCCCAGCAAGGACUUAGGCACCUCCUCCAGGGCCCAAGAAGGGCAGGACCUGGUGAGUUCUUGUGCACCUGAGCAAACAUCAAAGCAACACAGUGAGGGUGGUCUCAACCCCCCUGCAGGGUCCCUACUGGGGUACCUGGAGUUGGAGAAAAUGGAUUGGGAGAUCUCAAAUGAUGGUCAAGACCAGUUCGUCCAGCCCAUGGCCCUCCCUUACUGCAACAGCCAUCCCUGCAGUUCUGGGAAGAAAAUCACAGACGCCCAGGCUCCGUUCUACCCCAAGUUCCUGGUCUACUCACAGGGUCCCACAACGCCUCACCUUGGCUUACAUUCUCCCACCACUGCCCAGACCCCACUGAACAGCCUCCCUUCACCAUGCACUCUCUCCCUACCUCUUGUCCCUCCCAGAUCCUUUGUCCUUCCUGAACUCGCCAGUUGUCAGAAACCUUUAGCCUCAAUACAGACUCCCCCCACUCUCCCAAAUGCCAAGUCUCCUCAAUCCAUUCCCCAGGUCCAAGUUCUCAUUUCUCCACAGGCCACCAUUUCCCAACCCUCAACCCAACCCCAAUCUUCUGAACUUCAUAAGAGCCAAGGCCUUAACCAAGACUUUGGCCUCCAAAGAAGCUCGUGUCUUUCAAAAGACUCUAGAAUUCAUAGGAAACCAGGCCUUAACCAAGAUCCAGGCCUCCAUAAGCAUCCAGGUCUCUACAAGGGCCCAGUUCCUCCCCAAGGCUCUGGCUAUCACACAAGUCCAGGCAUUACUCGAGAUUCUGGCUGUCUAAAGAGGGCUACACAAGACACUAGCACCAUUAGGAGCCCAUGUGUCACCCAAAUUUCUGGCUUUCAGAGAGCCCCAGGCUUUAUGCGAAAUUCUGGGGUCUAUAGAAGUCUAAACCGAGAGCCUUUGGUCAACAAACAUCAAGGCUUCUCCAAAGAAACUGGCCCCUAUAAAAACACAGGCCCUCCUCAAGAUGCCGGAGGAGUUCACGGGAAUUCAAACCUAACCCAAGAAUAUGGUGUCCACAAAAGUGUGGACUUUGCUCAAGCCUCUGGGCUUCCUAAAGACUCAAACCUUACUCAAGACUCAGGAGACUCGAAGAAUCCAGGCCUCACCCAAGAUGGUGCGGUCCACAGGAAUCCAGAGCCUCCUCAAGACUCCAGCCUCCCCAAGAGCCCAGCCUACACGCAAGCUACUCAGGUCAACAAGAAAACCGUCUUUGCACAAGAUGUGGGCAUGAACAGGAACCCAGGCCAAACCCCAGACCCUAACAUCCACAAGUACUUAGAAAUUCCUGAAGAUCCUGGACAUCGUGAGGGCCCAGCCCUUACCCAAGACGAUGGCCUCCCCAAGACUCCUCCUCUCUCUCAGAAAUCUGCCCUCCAGAAUGAUCCAGGCCUGUGCAAGAGCCCGCGCUUUGCUCUAGGUAUUGACUCGGUCCCAGUCAUAGGCCGCGUUCAGACCUCCAAGUCGGCCUCAUCCCUGACGAAAUCAUUUGAUUCCAAGGAGGUCUCUUGGAUUGACACCGAACCGCAGAAAUCUUGGUUUUCAGUCCCUCUCAAUCAGAACGCUAGCUCUUCCAAGUCCCAGACCAUUUGCAACGAUCUACAAACCUUCUCAGAGAUCCCUGUACUAAUUGAGCUACAGUCUUCUCGGCGGGCAAGUGGCCAAGACUGGGUACACCGUCCAAUGGAUACAGUGGCUUCCGCCUGCCAGAACUAUCGACAGAUGUCUGUGCCUCCCAAAGUCAACUGGAAGGUCCACUGCCAUGAACCAGGACCCCGAUCAGGGCAUGUGAUCUUUGAUGGCCGUCAGACACCAGUAGCAGUGGGGAAGGGUAAGCGUGAAGCUCUAUCUCCCAAGCGCCCUCAACAAGAAGCAUCCGGCAACUCGCAGGAGGCCACCAAAGAGUGGGGAUAUCAAUUUGUAAUGAAGGGCUUGGACAAAGGCGGGAAAAAGGUACACCGCUAA